UCCAUUUAUUGAAAGAAUGUUGCUGAUUUGUCGUUGAUGUUUAUCGAGGUGUAUAUAUUGAUCUUCAUCAGUUACACUAGAGUAAACUCUUACAAAUUGCUUGUGAAGUAUGAGGCUCAAGAUGCUAACUCACGUCAUUGUUUCAACCUACAUAUUGGCCAGCGCGUUCGCCAGUUUUGUUCCCAAUUCUUGCCUUAACGGCGGUACUUACAUUGCUGACACCAAAACUAAAGGCGUUGUCUGCAAGUGUGCACCCGGAUGGGACGGACCCAACUGCUCGACACCUUUCCGAUACCUCGGAUGCUAUGAUGAUAAGACAAGCAUCAUGGAUGUCAGGUACCCCGACUCGACCUCAAACUCGCCGUUGGAGUGUGCCUCUAGAUGCAGGGACUACAAUUUUGCCGGCGUACAGUUCGGCAAAUGGUGCUUCUGUGGAAACAAACUACGUCUGCCACUUGUGAAAAAGCCCGAGUCAGAGUGCAAUUUGAAGUGCCCCGGUGACAAGCAAAAGAAAUGUGGAGGAAACUUGAGGAUCAGUGUCUACAGCAACAGGGACUGCAGUUUCACGGGUGAUUUGGAAAAUCCCAAAAACGGAACAGUUUCCAUAAAGGGUACAUCUCAGAGCUCGGUUGCUACCUACACAUGCAGUGCGGGGUUCAAGCUGAGUGGAGUAAGCACCCGAACGUGUGCCCUUGAGGCUGGAUGGUCAGACGUAGCCCCGACCUGUGUGGCAGCAGGCCCACCUACAGCCCAGGCGACCGCACCAAUGCUUAUUGCAGAGCUCGAGAUUAACGGUUGGAACCUGGUGUUCAGGGCUACAUCCGGUAACGGGAAAAACGUGUACAGCGCAUGGAUGACAGGGCAGAACGCCUCCACGACCAAACCGAUUGACAUGUCGCGCUCCUAUACCAGCCACUUCCGCCAGGAAAAUCUGAACGCUAUCUGGGCAAGCCUCAACGCCAAGUACGUAAAGUUUGCUCUGUAUCGUGACAACCGCGAGGUUGGUUACGUCAUCUUUGACGCACAAGGAAGCGACUUUAGCAACUGGUUCGCUAACGGUAGGAUCGUGGACGCAAGCUGGUCGGACCUCACAAAAAUAGCCACGUAUAAUUUCUUCUCGAUUGUCGGGAGUGUCACCGCGGAUUUUGAACGUCGCUUUUUCAUCAACAACCUGUAUAACGCUUGUCCUGGAGAUAUCGGGCAUGUUGCGGUCAUCGAAAGGGAAGGGCCUUGUAAAAUGGACAAACAUCCCAGGUACCCGCAGUUCAUCUAUGCUGAUCUCAAUUCAGCAGACAUGUGGGAUAAACAGCAGUUCGGGCGGGCCGAUUACAUGGCGAUUUUUGUGAGCAAUUAGAACUGAUUGACCUAUUUAUAUAGGCACGUGUCACUGCGUUUUCAACGCAUUUUAAGUAAUUGUGACAUUCUUUUAAGCAGUCCUUUGCAAAUAAACACAAACAUUGAAUUAUAGUAAAAAAAAUUCUUAAUUUAUUUGAAGAUUUCCUACUUUCAUUGGUUGAUUUUGAAUCAUGAAACUGAUUUUAUGAAGAUAAAAAAGACGCUUAAAUAAAAUGAUAAAAUUCAUUUAAUAAAGGAAUCGGUUUUUUUAAUUUACUGAAUAUAGUUUUUGUUGACAAAUAGUAUUAAAAAGUUUGUGUGAAGGGAAGAAUCCGGAUCAUUAGCCGUAAAUAAGAAAACUGUUAUAUAAGCAUAAUACCUUAUCCGUGUAUCAGUUUUUAAUGUAUAUUUGAAACCCGAUAGCUCGAACUCGCGGGGACCGAAAAUAAAAAAAGUUCGAGCCAUCCGGAUUUCGAGCCAACCGAUUUGUAUUAUACUUUUGUUUACUAACAUGAAUUUGCAAUAUAUUUGCAUCUCCACUUGAAGAUUAUUCAUACUGCCUAAACUCCGUACUACUUAAUGCUAUUGAAUGUUAACGAAUCAAAUAUAUGCUAGAUAGUUUUAUAUAACAAUGUUUGUUAACAGUUACACAUACAAUCAAAAUAUGUUAUAUUUUCAUGUUUUUACGUUGCACAUGUAGGGGUACAUGUAAGAAACGGCAUUCAGAAACAAAAUAUGCAUUAACACCAUAUAGACAUCGCUGAAAUAUUGAACAGCAAUAUAGA